GCUUCGGAUGUUUACGUUUUCAAAAUACAAAAACAACAUCGGUAGUGUGCUCGCGGUUGUAGUUGGUUACGAUUUUAGGAUUAAAACAAGUUAAUAGUUAAAUAUGCCUCCCAAGAAAGACGCUAAAGGUGGAGCGAAGGGCGGUGCUGCUGGUGGUAAAAAAGGUGGCGGUGGAGAAGAAGGUGCCGCCAAAGAGAAGAAGGGAGGUAACGCCGUCAAGGUUCGCCAUAUUCUGUGCGAGAAGCAAGGUAAAAUCAUGGAAGCGCUGGAAAAACUUAAAGAAGGUCAAAACUUCAACGUGGUGGCCACGAACUACAGCGAAGACAAGGCUCGGCAAGGUGGCGAUCUUGGAUGGCAAAUUCGUGGCGCAAUGGUUGGACCUUUUCAAGAUGCUGCCUUUGCACUGCCCAUUUCCACGAUUAAUGCCCCUAAGUACACGGAUCCUCCAAUUAAAACUAAGUUUGGAUACCACAUUAUUAUGGUAGAAGGUAAAAAAUAAAAGCUGUUUUCUUAUAAAAA